AACAAGUUUGAAUAUUUAUAAAAAAAAAAUAGAACUUUAAUGUGUAUUUUAAAUUUUACGUUCCAGCUAAAAAUCGACACAAAUUAAAGCCACACGGUUAUCGUUACAUAAAAGUUGUACAAUCUUCCUACAGGACGAACCCGCAACUGUAGCAUAAUUUUCGUAACAAAAAUCCACACAACAUGCAGCUGCGUAAAACUUCUGCACGAGAAGAGAGGAACUUUGCAAACUUUGAAUCGGAAAAAGCACGUGCCCACGCGAACGAAGUCAUGUCAAAAGUUGUCAGGAAUCCGCUGAUUCUCGACGCCAUCUUCGCCAAGCUUGACCUUCCCGAUCUGAAGAAAUCUCGUCUCGUCUGCCAUGACUGGAACGACGUGGCCUCCACCUUACUAGGAAAACGGGCUUAUCUCCGAGUCAACCCGCUUAUCUCGUACAAACCCUCCCAGUUUGACGAAGUUCCCCCCGUCCCCGACAAACUGAUGCGACGCAUCCUCAUCUCCGACAAAUACCACUGGUCCAUCCGGUCGAACAAGAAGAAGACUCAAGUUAUCACGAAAGCCCUCACCGAACUGCCAAAGGUGUCCGAAUUAACCCGGGAAAUUAAAUUUGUCGCCGCCCGGAAGGAAUUUGUCCCCGCUUUCUGCGAAGGAAUGACGGCCUUGGGGUCCACCAAGGUCCAACGCGUGGAAUUCCUGAGCGCCUGGAAACGCGACAAGGUGUACAGAUUUCCAGCCGAGGCUUAUCAAAAACUCCCUCCACAACCGUACCUAACGUCGCUCAGGUUAAGACUUAUUUCCGAUUUUGGAAAUUCCCGGAUUCAAACCGAAUUUCAUGAAUUUCAACACCUGAUCCAAAUCUGGCUCGAGGCUGCCCCCAAUUUGACCACGCUGGACGUCACGGCGUCCCUCUAUCCGAAUUUGGAGGGGUGUAAAAGUCUCAAAGUGCUGAAAUUUGAGUACCCAACGCGGCCCUUGAGUUGUCCUCAGCACCUCUGUUUGCACAAUUUAACCGACAUGCUGGGACAGGUGAAGGAUUCCUUGAUCGAGCUGGAAUUGGAUGUAGAGUCUUCCGGCCGACAGAUCCACCCUGUUUUGGGAGGUCCAGUCAUGUCGAGAGUUACCACCCUCUCAAUCCAUGUCACAAGUGCUUCAUCAAAUGCAUCGUCCCGCAUCCUUGACUUCUUUGACGAGGACCACUUUCCCAAACUAAAAAUCCUCCGUGUCCGCCAAACAUGCGGAGAUUCCAUGUUGCCCAAUCUAAACACGUGGCGGCGACACGUGGGAGUUCAAUCGCUCGCGUUGAGCAUGGAUUUCUCUGGGGAGGAAUUUGAGAGAAAACUGGUCAAUUUAUUUCCUGCCGUGAAGAAAUUCGAGCUGAAUGUGAAGCACAUGCAUCGUACUUCCAUUUCUGCACUGAAUCGGAGUAUUGAACCUUUCAAAACGUGGGAUUUGGAACGGGUCAGCGUUGUCGUGGAGGGGGUUAGACAAUCCUCCGUGUUGUUGAAAAUUCUUAAAGUUAUGUCCAUUUUAAAAGGAGUAAAAAGUGUCCGGUUCCCGGAAACUUACGUCAAGGAGGACCACUUUUCUCGUUAUAUUCAAGAUCUCAUCUUGCAGAGUGGAGGAUUUAACGAUGUAGAAAUCUCGGGGCUUGUGGUAUCCGAAAUCGUGGAACGAAUACGACCCAUCUUCGACGCUAAUGGUGGACUCAUUCAUUUCACUGGAGGUGUGUACUCCAGCCGAGAAAGAAUCCCGCGGAGAAUUGUUGCCGACGGAAAAACACUGCAAAACCAUCAAGGGUCUUAACCCCUAAAAAAUGAACAAUUAAAUUAGGUACACACUAAAUGAUACAAUUUAAGGAGACAUAUAUAUUUAUCUGUGAACCUUUUCCAUACAUAUCUCAGAAUUCUAUUCUUAACUCGAGUCCAACUUCCGGCUUAAAAACCAGUCAAAUGUGAUGGAUGAACGAUCAUUCAUCGUACAUACAUGCAUAAUGAAUAUUGCAUUUUACAAAACAUCCACCGGAUCUUAUUCAUCAUAACAAGUAUCAAGUACUAAAUACCAGUGCAUGAUUAUCUGUAUGAUGCAUAAGACAUUUUGUACAUUACUAAAAAUGACCUAUUUUUCAAUAACAAUUGAACUAAUACAUAAUUUGUAAAUCAAACAAAAUCAAUGUUUAGUCAUCCUGACAAAUUGUUAAGUUGCCAUCAUAUCGGGAUGAAUUUGCUAUGGAUUUAAACUAUCUAUGCAUGUAAAAUUAAUAAUCAAGCUCGGAGAUGCACGCAAAGCCUGCAGAAGAAUGAGCAGUAAAUAUUAUGGUGAUGACUACCAUUUCAACAUUUUUUGAAUUAGUUUAUAAGUAAGAUCUAACAGAAUUUGAAUUAUAUGUACAAAUAGCUGUGAUUUUUUAAAAAUUACCCGUAUGGAAGUAACAAAUUUAAAAAAAUCCGGGUAGUGGCCCCACUUCGUGAGGCACCUAGGAUGUGGUAAAAUUGAAUUACGUUAUUUAUUUAUUUAUAUUGCUUUAUUAAAUCGUUCUAUCUAUAAGCUAAAUAUUCAUAAAUAAAUAUGUAUACAUAUGUAAAUGAAUUUAAAAU